GAGGAGAGAGGGGGAGAGAAAGAGAGAGAGAGAGUACGUUGGUGAAACAGAGGUAACAGAGGGUUCUGCGUAAUAUAAAGAGAGAGAGAGAGAGAGAGAGAACGUUUAGGUGGCAGAUGAGACGUCGUCGCUGAAAGGGGUUGGUUAAGGGUCGUGGUCUCAGCCAAGAUCAGAUCAGUUAUGGCUGCCUGUUCUCUUCUCUUCAGACUGCUUUUAGUUCUUCUCACUUUCUCAGAUUUACCAGCCCAAAUCCUUGGUCUUGGAGUUGGAAUCAACUAUGGCCAAAUAGCAAACAAUCUUCCUUCUCCUUCCCGUGUUGCCUACCUCCUCAGAUCCCUCAAUAUCAGCAGAGUAAAACUGUAUGAUGCAGAUCCGAAUGUUCUUGUUGCCUUCUCCAAUACAAAUGUUGAUUUCAUUAUUGGACUCGGGAACGAGUACCUUCAGAACAUGACUGAUCCUGUCAAAGCUCAAAACUGGGUUCUGCAGCGAGUUCAACCCCACCUCCCCCAGACCAGGAUCACUUGCAUCACUGUGGGGAAUGAGGUCUUCAAAAGCAAUGAUACUCAGCUAUGGUCGAAUCUCCUCCCAGCAAUGCAAACAGUUUACAGGACUCUUGUUGAUCUUGGCCUUGAUAAACAAGUAACUGUCACAACCGCACAUUCUCUUGAUAUCUUAGGUGUCUCCUAUCCUCCUUCGGCAGGGGCUUUUAGGCAAGAUCUUGGAGAAUAUCUACAUGCAAUUUUGAAUUUUCAUGCUCAGGUCAAGUCACCCUUCUUGAUUAAUGCAUAUCCCUAUUUUGCAUACAAAUAUAACCCGAACGAGGUGCCAAUAGACUACGUGCUUUUCCAGCCUAAUCAAGGGACAGUGGAUUCAAUUACCAAUUUGAAAUAUGAUAAUAUGUUGUAUGCUCAAGUUGAUGCUGUUUAUUCAGCUAUCAAAGCAAUGGGGCAUACGGAUAUUGAAGUCAGGGUUUCUGAGACAGGUUGGCCUUCCAAAGGGGAUGAAAAUGAAGUAGGAGCUACACCAGAGAAUGCAGGAUUGUAUAAUGGCAAUCUGUUGAAAAGAAUAGAACAGAAACAAGGCACACCGGCAAAACCAAAUGUCCCGAUUGACAUAUAUGUUUUUGCACUUUUUAAUGAGAAUUUAAAGGACGGUCCAACAUCAGAGAGAAACUAUGGACUCUACUACCCUGAUGGCACCCCAGUUUAUAACAUUGGAGUGCAGGGUUAUCUUCCAGAGUUGGUAUUUUCAUCAGAUAGCACAAAAAAUGCAUUAUCUGUCUUCAGUCUACUGAUCUUGGUUAUAGCAUACUUAAUCUCCGCCUGAAAUCAUGUGAAUUUGGCUAGUACGGAAGGGAGGGAUGAUCAUAAGGGAAAACAGUAUUGCGGAGACAUUUCAAAUAACAGAGGAAAUCUUAGGUGAGAUAUUCAAUACCCUUUUGAACUGUUGGAGCACCAAUUAAGAACCAUCACAGUUAUUCAUCCCUAUUCUGGAAAUGGCAACGUGGUCCAAUCUCACGUACAUGUGAGGCCAUGAAUGUAGGAUCCAUUUACAUGUGACCGUGGAUGGACCUUAGGGCACUAGAGUCUAAUCCUCUAAGUUGUUCUUUCCCCAAUUCAUGUCUCAUGACUUGGCUUGAAAUAGGCUCAUAGUGGUUAAAUGUGUUGGCAAGUGAGUGUGUUUUUCAUGUUGUUGACCUUCUUUCUGAUCCUUUGAACUCAGCAAAUACUUAGGGUUGGGGUAGUUGAAGUAUUAAGGGUGUAUGCAAAUGAGUGGGAUUCUUGUGUCAAGGAAAAAAAAUGUUGGGAGGGAACAAAGGGCAUUUUCCUGUUGGAUACAUGUCUAGAUGGUGGAAACCAGUCACUCAAGGGCUUCCAUCAGAAUUGGCCCAACAGAUGAUUGGACAAUUAAUCUUAGAUUCCACAGGACAGACAGAUAUUAAGGGUUUUUUUUUUUUUUAUAAUUUUAUAUUUAAAAAAGACUUCAAAUCAUCUGGAAGAGAAUUUGGAAUUAUUUUCUUGUAAGGUUUCUACCCCAUGGUAUCCAUAAGCAGGACCCUCAGAAUGCGGCUGUUGCAGUCCACUCCACACACGCAACAACUGGCUGGUGUGUAAAACUCCAAUUCAUGACAUAAAGUCUCAUGCCUAAAAUACAAUUAUAUUAUAUUUUUUAUCAUUUAAAAUAUGGUAAUGUGUCUCCAUCCUUCUCAUCUUCAAUCGUGCAUGUGAAUCUUUAUGUGUUGAAAUUCUCCUUUGUCUUCACCCAGACAAAAGUCCAAAUUGGCUUCCAUCACGAAAGGAAAAGCCAUUAGAAUCCCUCUAACGGCAGCCACUUCUCACAUUAUCCCUUCUUUUUUCUCCUCCUUUUCUCUCCUGAAACCACCAAAACUAAAACCUAAGUCGGUGAGCUCUAUCUCUAAAGAUGGGUUUGCUCUUUGUCUGCUUCUCUUUCGUUCUUUCCCAAAAAGGUGAAUUCAUGGCAUCAGCCUUUACAUCAGUGUCUAAUCCAUGUCAUUUUUCAACUCUUUUGCUAAACAUAUUGGCAGGCCUUCCCAUUCAAAGCAAAAAUACUUUCCUCUGUCAAAUUAGGGUCAAUUUAAGCUGCCCAAAAUCUCUGUAAAUAUUCCCUUGUUUUCUUUUUUUUAUAUAAGGCCAUUCCUCAUAUGGGAAGAUCAAAACCUUCUAAAUCAAAUAAUGUAUUUUUAGGUUAAUUAGGUAAAAUAUAUCAAUUAUAUACAGUAUGUUUGAAAUCCAAUUUGUUUUAACAAUAAUCAAUACUUAGAAAUUAAAGUAGGCAGGUGGCUUUCAACUUCAUGGACCAUACCUUUGAAUUAUGGAGAGCUUGCAUCAGCAUAGCCAAUGGAUAAGAUUGAGAGAUAGACGAAUUUAUUUGACCAUUCAACCUAGUGACCGCCCUAGCUACAUCAAUUUUUGAUCCUUGGUUGGUUCUUGGUUGCACAAUCAAACCUGACAAAAGUUGAAAGUCAAUUGUCUAGUCAGAAUUGUACAAUCUGAAGCAAUCCUAGUAAUUUUUGUAGACAGGCAUGAGCCAUAUUAAAAGUGUGAUGAAAAAGGUUUACAAACAUUAGUAGCAAGUUAUUUGCAUGAACUAGUGAACAUCAAACAGGUCUCUUCCAUGGUCCCAUUGUUGGGCCUUUCAUCAACAGAUGGUUUUAGAUUGCUUUGAUCUUCAGACAUCAUGCAAAAUUUAUGAUGCCGAGAGGAAGCAUCAAUCUACAUCCUAAGAAAAAGGAUGAUGAUGAAUCAAGGAAAUAGACUAAAACCUACCUCUACCUGUAUUUUGAACCAAUUAAACAAAUAGAUUUGAUGUUUUUUUCCCUACUUAUGAUAUGAUUGAUUGAUGGGUUGCUUCAU